AUGUGCUACUUCUUCCUUAUGGUGUUCAAAGGAUGCGAGCACAAGGUCAACAUGCACCACAACUGCGGCUAUCCAAUAGUCGAGACCUACGAAGGCGUACCCUGCUGCAACGAAGUGAUAUGGGAGAAGCGGAAGCUAGCCGAACCCUGCCUGGUCUGCCGCAGACGGGCUCAACAAGGUGCAGAUGUACGCGAUGUCAACUCGAAGACUUGCAACAUCCAUCGGAAUGAUGUUAAGGUUGUUAAGGGUGGGUGUGAGACGGGGCGGGUGGUGUAUGGCAUUUCCGCGCUCUCGACUUUGGCGUUGGUGGCAGUGGAUCAGAUCGGACAAGAUGUCAAGGCAGCAGGAGCUCCAGCGGGGCUACAGCGGCACGAGGGCCACAAGGCUAUCCUCUGGUUCCACAGCCUCAUCCUUCGGGGUACUAUACGAAUCCAGCAACUCCAGCAUUGGGGGAAGGGAGCCAGAAUAGACAAGAUUCCCACGCAGCAGUGGCCCCAGCGGCACAAGGCCCACAAGACUACGCUCUUAUUCCACAACCAUAUCCUCUAG